AUGUUGCAUCAAUAUGCAAUUUUGUGUAAUCCUAAUCUGAUUGAGAUUGUUUCCGAACAAUCUUCUGUUUGUUCCAUUAAUUCGAAUGCUCUGUUAAGUUAUGAUAAAACUCUCUUUUAUACGUUCCCAGCUCAGAUAACAGGAACAUAUUAUAUUCCAAACACAGUGAAAGUAAUCGGCCAUGAUGCCUUCUGUUACUCUAAGCUUCAGGAAAUAAUUGUUCCUGAGUCAUGCACAGAAAUUGCAAAAACUCCAUUUUUCUAUAUGGAUAACCUCGCAUUUUUGAGAAUACCAAAAAGUGUAGUCAAAAUUUUAAACAAUUCGAUUACAGAAUGCCCAAACUUGAGAAAUCUGACUAUUGAAAUGGAGAGUAUCCCAUGCCUUGAUUACCAAUCUGUUGAAAUUAUUACUCUUGGCAAUGAAACAAAAGUCAUAGAAGACAACGCUUUAAAGACAGCUGCCAAGUUGCAAUCGAUCAUCAUACCUCCUUCAGUCACAAAGAUUGGAGUUGAAGCUUUCAAAGGUUUGAAAAAUCUUAAAUUUGUAAGAAUAUACCGACAGCCGACAAUAGGUGCUUCCGCAUUUAUGGAUACUAGAAUUUCAUGUGGUGUUGAUUGCCAUUCAACUCUUGUUGACCCUCUCAUUUUAUCAGGGGUUAAUAUAAAGUCAUUCGGCUAUUGCUGUAUUGCUUCUGUUGUUCAAAAUACUGAAUUGAUCAAAUCUUUAUUUAAGAUUGAAUUUUUGAUAUUUAUUUUAGUUUAG